AUGGAUGCAGUCCCCAGCUACGGAGCUGGAAUUGAGAUCAUUUUUACUGCUUGUGUAACAGAACGAUCGUGCCCAUUAUACUACUUUUCUAUUCUCUCACCUCAGUUAAUCACAGAGACUUUCAGUCGGCACAACAAACUUGCUCUGAAAGCCCAGAAAGAGAAGAAAGCUCGUCAAGAAGCAGAACAGCGGGAAAAAGCGGAUCGAGCCGCCAAACUUGCCAAAGAAACUAAACAGGAAGACGGUGAGCCAAGGAUUAAGGAGCUGACUGAUGAGGAGGCAGAAAGAUUGCAACUGGAAAUAGACCAGAACAAAGAGAAGAAAGAAAAUGAUGCAAUGAACAUACCAGUCAAGUCUGCUGAAAAUCAAGUGGAAUCUCCCGAAUCCAGCAAGCAAGAUACCGAUGAAGAAGAGGAAGAUGAGAAGGACAAAGGCAAACUUAAGCCAAACUCUGGAAAUGGAGCAGACUUGCCAAACUACAGGUGGACACAAACUCUCUCUGAACUUGAUUUGGCCAUCCCAUUCAAUGUGAGCUUCAAACUGAAGGGAAAAGAUAUGGUGGUUGAUAUACAGAGGCGUCAUCUGAAGGUGGGCUUGAAGGGCCAUCCCCCCAUGAUUGAUGGAGACCUAUACAAUGAAGUAAAGGUGGAGGAGAGCUCAUGGCUAAUUGAGGAUGGAAAAAUAGUGACAGUGCACUUGGAAAAGAUCAACAAGAUGGAAUGGUGGAAUAAGUUAAUCCAAACAGACCCAGAGAUUAACACCAAGAAAAUUAAUCCUGAGAAUUCAAAAUUAUCAGACUUGGAUAGCGAAACACGCAGCAUGGUUGAGAAAAUGAUGUAUGAUCAGAGGCAGAAAUCAAUGGGGCUUCCCACAUCGGACGAGCAAAAGAAGCAGGACAUACUGAAAAAGUUCAUGGAACAGCAUCCAGAAAUGGAUUUUUCCAAAGCAAAAUUCAACUAAUACAAUUCCCCCUAUUUUUUUUUUCUCCUUUCCUGGCAAACAUUCAAAUUGUAAACAGCAAGAAAUACCUUUCCCUUUGGGAUGAUGCAAAUACUCAUAUCGCUCCAUUUUGGGGUUAAAAAGUAGUUGUACUGUAACUCCAUAUAGUAUACUGCUUAGACUUGUGGAUUUUCAACAGCAGCAUCAGUUAUCAGGAGUCUGUCCUUCAUCUUUGUAAGGGAAUAUUUUAGGGAGAUGAAGGAAAUAAAUGGGAACUGUAUUACACAAUAAUUGCUUUCCCUUGGGCUUCAUCGGUUUUGGAAAAGCUGGGAAGGUAUCAUUUUAAAAAAAAGUUUUUUUAAAAUCUGAA